AUGACUGACGAUUUGCGCAACGGAAGUGCCAUUCCAUUGCUCCAGCUCAUCCCGCCAUCCUCCCAGCUACACUUCGAGACGCCUUCGAAGCGUAUCAACGAUGGCGACGACCUCUCCUUCUUCCUGCGGAGCUGUGCCUACGCCGACAUCAUGACCUGGCUUCUCCAGUUGAACCGAUCUAUGAUUCCUCAACGACGUCCACAUGAUCCAAGUGUCGUCGACACAUGGCCACUCAAAUCACCAAACAUCAACAUCUCUCCGCAUGUAGCCAGACUGAACAAACUCAUCCGCUCGCUCGAUGGUCUUAUGGACGAGGCACCUCCAGAGUCUGGCCCCCGCAGGUUUGGCAAUGCAGCCUUUCGCAAAUGGCACAGGGCUGUCCAAGAAGCCACCCCAUCUCUCUUGAGAGACGCCCUCUCGGACACGGUGUGGGGCCGUGCUCAAGGCGACGCCGACCUGAUUUCACUAAACCACGAAAUCGCCGCAUACCUUCUGGGUAGCUUUGGAAGUCCCGAGAGACUUGACUAUGGUACCGGUCAUGAGCUGAGCUUCCUUGCCUUCCUGGCCUGUAUUUGGAAGCUGGGUGGCUUCUCGAACGCAGACCCUGGUCACGAAGAGAGAGGCAUUGUCACCGCCAUCAUACAGCCCUAUCUUGAACUGGUGAGAAAACUCAUCUUGACCUACACUCUCGAGCCUGCUGGUUCUCACGGAGUAUGGGGACUUGAUGACCAUUCUUUCAUACCAUAUGUCCUAGGUUCUGCUCAAUAUUGCGCUCCUAUCGACCAUGAUUCCAUCAAGGUCCCCAACGAAGGUUCGCUUUUGGCUUCGCCUUCGCCAACUCGAACCGCAAAGAAUGACUCGGCCGAAAUGUACAGAGACUCCAACAUGUACUUUUCUGCAAUUGCCUUCAUCUUUGAUGUCAAGAAGGGUCCCUUCUGGGAGCACAGCCCUACGCUGUAUGAUAUCUCCGGCAUCAAGGACGGUUGGGCUAAGAUCAACAAGGGGAUGAUUAAGAUGUACAACGCCGAAGUGCUCUCCAAGUUUCCAGUUGUCCAGCAUUUCCCAUUUGGUUCACUCUUUCGAUGGGAGCAAGAUGCAAGCGCUCCGGUGCCUGCAGCAUCGCCUCACAUGGGGUCUCAGCCGAGGCCUUCCAAAUCACCCAGCUCGAACAACACAACCUUUCCCCAGCCGUCGACGCGAGCACCAUGGUCAGGUACGGUAGCACCACCAUCGGCAACACCUGUCACUGCCGCACCAAGGGCAGCGACAGGGUCAUCAUCUGCAGCGAAUUUCGCAAGGGCAAGGGCCCCACCAGGCCCAAAUCGAUAA